GACUGGUUGACGCAUCUUAUUUCAUAUUGUUGUGUUAUGUAAUAUGAAAGAUAACUAUGAUCGUAUGAUCUAUCUCUUAUUUUAUUUCGAUCUUUCAAAUUAAAUUUGUGUAAGUUGUAUUUAAAUAUAUGAUACAGAAACGGAAGGUAACUGUCAAAUACCAUCAGCAAUCUCAAGUGUUGAGUGUUAGCUAUUAUAUGUUCAGUGUAAGGAUUAAAUUCCCUUAUAAUCACACAAUGCAUGAUUUCCUCAUGAAAAUCAGCUGAUUUUACAUAAUAUAUAUUUUAUAUACAGAAAAUACUAUGUGAACCAUGGCAUUAAACAUAUUUAUAAAAAAUUCUAAAAAUAUGGUAAGAAGGAAUGCUGCUUAUUUUGGUUUUUUUUCGAAGAAAGUGGAUUAUAAGAAAUGCUUCCAAAUUCUUGGAAUUGAUGAAACGAGUGAUCAAGAACAAAUCAGGUCUGCUUACCUCAGUCUUGUUAAAAGAUAUCAUCCAGAUAGUGGCACUGAUGAAGCCAGUGCCAAGAAAUUCCAAGAGAUUGAUUGUGCUUUUCGAAAUCUAAUGAACAAAAAAUCAAGGGAUCGAAUGGAUGCAGAAGAAGGAGUUAUUAUUGAUCACCCAGAUAUAAAGCACACUGCCCCACAACAUCGACAGUAUUUGAGCUAUGAUGGAGUAGGAUCUGGAAAUCAUUUUCAGAGACAAAAACAAUACUACAAAGUUCGAGCAAUGAAAGCUGCUGAAAAUGUGUAUGAUCAUCGUAUAUCCAAAGCAGUGGCAGAUGAAAAGUCACUGUUUGAUAAAAAUAAAAUUUAUGAGAGUUGGGAAAAAGUCCCAUUGAAUCACAAAAUCAAAACAAAGCAUGGAUUUGACCGCUUAGUUGAAGAUCUAAUUCAGGAGUCGAUAUCAAAGGGUGAAUUCAAUAACUUGAAGAAUAGUGGCAAACCACUUCCAUCACACCAAAACAGAAACCCAUAUGUCGACUUCGUAACUCAUAAAAUAAAUGAGGUACUUAUUGAAAACGGAUUCACACCAGAAUGGAUAUCCCUUCAGAAAGAAAUCAAAGAAAUGGCCAGCCAGCUUCGACAGGAUCUUUUGACAGAGCGUAAACAUUUUGGACCGUAUCCUCUAAGUGUCGAGGAGAAUAUUGCUUGGAGUGAAAAAGUUUACCAGUAUAAAAAUAUAACAAAAGAAAUAAAUAAAAAAAUUGCAAAAUUUAAUUUAGUUGUUCCAGUAAUUAAUAAACAGAUGUUGAAUGUGUGCCUUGAAAAUGAAGCACAAAAAGUUGUGGUUAAUGGGAAAAGCUGUGAGGACAUUUUAAGUUUUAAUAGUGAUUCUUCAAAAAAUUCACAAGCUACAGAUAAAGAUAAUAGUAACACAGUUAAUAUUUUUGGUAUAAUAUAUUAUUUUCUCAAAGGAAAAUAAAAUGUGAUAUCUUUUGAUAAUAUAUGCUGGAUUUCCAAAUUUAACAAGUCAAUAAAUUGAUUAAUACCAGCGAUGUCUUCAGAAUCAUUUAUUGUAACAACUACACAUUUUACAUUACAUUUCAUUUUUCAUCAACUUCCAUCCAGCACAUAAUAUUGAAGAAGACACAUUCAGUUAUGUUUUAUUGGUAGCUAAAACUGAAGGAUUUCAGAUACCAAUGUAUAUAUAAUUGCUCAUUUUCUUAUAUUUUCAACUUGAUCAUGUUUGUUUUCUUAAAAUUUAUAUGUUCUCCUUAUUCACAUCAUACUUUCUCAUUUCAUAGUCCUUAGAGAUAUGUAAUAUUGGACUUGGUACAGCUAAUUACUAUUUACUGAAAAUAUACAAGUAAUUAGUAA